CUUGAUUUAAAAAAAAAAAAAACUUUCUGUGUCAAUUUGGUAAGGCUGUAAAUCACAUUUCAUAAAAAGAAUCAGAGUAACAUCAAAUGUAAAUUUUCACCUUCCAAAAAUGAGAUUUCCUGCCGAUGACCACAAACAGUCGUCCCAAAGAGGUGGUCCUGAGCAGCUGGGAUGUGGAGGGGGGGGGGGGGAUGGAGGGGCAGCCUCCAGCAGCAGAGUUCAGAAUGAGCGUCAGCUGAGCAGAUCAUGGUGGCAGAGCAGAGCAGAGCAGCAGGACAGGGUGUUGCUGUAAUCUGUAGUCGGAACAGUCGCAGGAGCCAAGAGUUUGGAUCACGCGUCUGACCCUUCAAAGUCUAGAUAUGUUCGACAACUCAAACUAUCCUUUCAACUGUUUCAACUAUGACGGCGACGGCUACCCUUCUACUAGCACUGACGAAGAGAAGAAAAUGUGCAGACCAGCGUACAGCUACAUCGCUCUGAUAGCGAUGGCCAUCCAGCACAGCCCUGAACAGCGCGUCACUCUGUCGGGCAUCUACGAGUUCAUCAUGAAGAGAUUCCCUUACUACAGAUCCAACCAGAGAGCGUGGCAGAACUCCAUCAGACACAACCUGUCACUCAAUAGCUGCUUCAUCAAGGUUCCUCGCACAGAGGGAAAUGAAAAGGGCAAGGGAAACUAUUGGACUUUUGCCACCGGCUGUGAAUCUAUGCUCGACCUCUUUGAGAACGGCAACUUUCGGCGGCGCAGGCGCAGAAGAAACAUCAAAAUUGGCCUUCGGGAAUCAGUAGAGGCCCCUUUCCAUCCUCUGGACAGUCACAAUAAUCAACACAUUCCCACAGCUCAGCGACCCGAACCCAGCACCACCCUCUGUUCUUUAAACCCUGAGAGGCCAAGGCCUGGACCUCAGGAGAACCACCUCAUCCCUAACCCUCCCCAGCAAAACAAGCCAGAGUCGGAGAUAAAGUUCAGCAUUGACUACAUCCUAUCCACCCCAGAUCCACCCCUACCUGGAUUCAGAUCCUCCCACGGGCCUAUACAUAUAGGACCCACAGGGCCGCCCAUACAUGUUUUGGAGCCCCAACAUUUGAACCUACACUUCUGGACUCUGUGAGCAAAAAAGAGAGAGAAGAGCACAGUGUCUGUGUCCUAAACUGGGAAGAACUGGGACUCAAAAGGACAAAGGAAAUUCCACGGGGAGUUACUGGCUUGAAAAUGUAAAUGAAGAACAGAAAAGAGGUACAGUAUGUGACGGAUUCUACAUGAUAAAGAAAACAUUGUGCUGUGUAAGAAAUCAUCCAAAUAAUAAAACAUGUCAAGUAUUGAAGUAUUCAAACUGUCAUUGUACUGUAUGUGCAGUGUCUGCUGCUGGAAUAGACUAGGUUUACUGUAUUCUCUCUACAUAUACAUGUAUAUACACAGCUGCUGUGAUGUGAGUAAACAUACAUAUACAUUUUAGACUAAAUAACCUCAAUAAAAUAAAAUACAUUUGAUAGAUUUACUGAAAAAUAUUCACAUCAGAAAUUAAAUCAGUCAGAUUCAGCUUUACUGUAUAUUAACACAGUGUGUGGAUCCUUCACUUUAUUACCCAUUGGAUUUUUUUACAGUUACAGCUUUAUCAUAAUUAUUAGCUACUGUUGUUAUAUCACAGUAGGUUUUUACCUCCUUAUUUAUUCUAAUUACUUCUAACUUCUUCAAAGUGUAAUAGUCACCCUAUUGGUGUCACAAAUUUGCCUGGUCACAUUUUAAAACUUAAAAUUUUAGUUUAAUUCAAUUUAAUUUAAUAAUCUGGCAACAAAAAGUAAAACUAAUCACAUUUUACUCAGUUGUCUCAAGCAAGAUCUAUUAAGCUUGAACUUUUUGAAGUUUUUAUUACAGCAACACAGUUUAAUACCAUGAAAGUAUGUGAUUUUAUUUUAUGGACCUAUAUUUUAACCAUGUGAGUAACAGGACCAGUCAGUUUGCUAAAAAGCUUGUGACAGAGAACAUUUUAACGGAAUAAUCAUAAUAAAAGCCAAAGAAAGACGCUGGUAGAUGUUUUUACCAUAGAUUGAUGUGAUUAUUUAACAAAUCUGCUUGUCAUAAAUAGUUUCAUUAUCAAGUGAUUAAUGAAAUAACUGGUUUAUGAUUCAGUCAUUUACAUACAGACUUGUUUCUGUCUGCGCACACUCACAUUACAGACAUAGGUCACGAAAUAAAGAAAAUGUUCUUCUCUUCAGUUAUAAGGAGCAAUCAAAUCGUUAUUCUUCGUCAUCCGUACUGGUUUUUAGUCUUAAGGCAGGAACAUUACUGGUGUACAGUACAUCAAAAACCUUCUUGCUCUUUAGGGGACAUUUUAGAAAUGUCACACUUUCAUUUCUAUUCUGGCAACAAAUAUAACCCAGUUAAGACUCACUGUAUCAUAUUUGUUGCUAGUAAGUAAAUGCUACAGUAGCAUGCCGACACAUUAUAUCAUAUAAUAAAGUGUAAUGGCCUUGUUAUUAAUAAACAUAUUAGUGUUGUACUCUACUGUACAUGUUGGGACGCUGCCCUUCUGCUGGCUUUAGUCCCACAGAGCAGCUACUGGAAAAGGCUAAUAAGACCUCCUUGGGUACAUUUGAUCGUAGAACAAUUUAUAAUUCAGCCAGUUUUCAGUGUAGAUGAUGGUAUAUGGCCUGUUUUGACUGAAUUCAUCUGUUUCACCCUCUGCCCACAUUUUACACAUUUUUUCACUGACCUUUUGAAAUCUUGAUUGACUGGUGCUUAAGUUCUAAACCAGUCACGCCUUAUUAUAAUAUAUGUUAUUCAGGCACUUAAAAGGAGGCCUAAUGAAACAGAGGUUUGGGCACAUUUCUACAAGGGAGAUCAAUCAUGGCCUGUUCCUGAGCAAAUGGACAUUUUUCAAUUUAACCUUUAUAUGAUGUCUUGACUACAGAGGAGGGUUUGAGCACACUUAAUAUGAGUGGCAUUUAAUAUAGCAUAACACUUGCAAGGUGAGGCUGAGAUGUGACCCUAUUUAAAUACAGGGGCCCCUUUCUCAGCCUCCUCCCCCGAACAGGAGCGCACACACCCAGCAACAAACCCCUGACGCAGUUAUAAUUAACGCACCUUAUGCCUCUUUUGCAAAUGGCCCUCAUCGAUCUGGGGGGGUUUUCACAUUCACACGUGAACUGCCCCCCAGCAAACAUCUGCCGCGGCAAAGACGUUCAUGGAUCAGCAAGUUUCCAUUAACAAAGUUGUUGAUGUUGAAUAGCGGAGCUCCCGCCGCCCUGAUGCCGCGGACGUAUUUGGGUAAAUUAACUUAGCAUAAAGUGCUCCAAGGCUACAGAAUCUUUCGAGGCAGGUAAAGAGAAGGCAAGGCACCAGUCAAGGCUGAAAAGUCAAUGCACAUAUUAUGACGUGAGUGAAUGUACAUACCCGUACGUAGCUACUGGCACAGUGUCCCAGUGAAUGGCCUCUAUUAAAUGAUUGUAAAUUCAUUUGUUUUGUUUCAUUUCACGUAAUCCUUCCACCGUCUUCAACUAGCUGUUUAUAAUUACACGCAAACAACAGUGUUUCUUCAUAGGUAUGUAGAAAUAUACUUUGUUUAAGACUUCAUUAUUUGUUAGCUGCCAGGAAACACGAGCAGCUCACGGCAAGACUGAGGAAAGUGGGAAAGCACUGAUCUGCAACAUUAAUAUAAAGUAAAUCAUAAACACAAAUAGGUCAUUUAAUCCUGAGGUGCUUGUUUAGCAGGUAGAUUUCACUGAGGCUGUGGUUCAAGCUGGAAAGUGCAGAAGCAAGAAAUUCUUUGCUCUAGUUUGAAAGUAUCUGUUUUGUGCAGUUUGUGAUAAUUCUUUUUAUUCUUCUUGUUAUAAAUUAGCAGCUUAUUAAGAUCCAUGAACCAGCCUGAGGACGGUGACAUCCUAUAAACACAUCUCUGCCCUUUGCCAUUUUGCUGUAUGUGCAGAGCUGCUUUUCAUACAGCCAGUAUACGUUUUCA